AUGGCCAAAGUGCACCAGCUUGAUAAUCUCAAACAAAAGCAUGAUGAGGAUAAAGCACAUGUGAGGCUACACUGCUUUGGCGAAACUUGGGAAGAUGGGGAAGAUGCGAGUACAUCUCUAGAAGGCAUUGAGAAGAUGCAAUCUCUAAAGUCAAUUGAUAACUAUAAGGCAACUGGUGAAGCCAUCACACAUCCAAGGGACUGUAAAUAUGCUAUUUCCUCAGAUCAUUUUGCGUGUUUGAGAUUUAUAACAAUCGCUUAA